AUGUCGUCACAUACGAAACUACCUUCAAAAGAACAGUUUAAUUUAUGCACUUAAUAGCCACGUCCGACUCAAUUUUCCUUAAAGGGCAGUUGAAAAUGUGCAAUUUCAUGUAGGAUUUAUAGAGCAAUUGUACUGCAGUAACAUGUAUUGUAUUCCGCCGCUCGAAAAGGUGUUCAUGUAGUACAAUUUGUACAGGGUGAGUCAACGAUUGCGCGGAGUAACUUAUGGCCGUAUGCACCGUAAAAAUUUAAGCUGAGCUUAAAAUCAAUUGAUUUGACAACCAUUGUCCCAAUAAUCGUUACCAUGGAUAUUAAGCUACACUUAAACUAAGCCUGCUAAACUUGUUCGGUGCAUACGGCACGGCCAUAAUUGACAAAAUUGCGGUUUAAUUCAACCUCUAUGCGCCCAAUCCAACGAAUCUCACAGAAUGCGACCUUUUUUUAACCUUCAAGAAAUUUAACCUCAAAUUUUCCGUAAUUUUAAAAAUGACAAAACCACUAAUAUGUGUUCCUGGCCAACGGCUUUGUAUUCUCGACAAGACCCACGAAUCUGGCCAAGGAACCUACGAACGACAGGGAUAUAUUUAUUCUUCCUUGGCCGGCGUUGUAGAUGUGGUGGAUAAGGAUGGCGUGAAAGUGGUCGAAGUGCAAAGUACUGGGGAACAGACCUUAGUUCCCACACAAGGAGAUAUUGUUACGGCUCAAGUUACGAUAUUGACCCAAGACUUUUGCAAGUGCGUAAUAAAGUGCAUCGGAAACACGGUGCUUAGCCGAACGUAUAGGGGAAUUUUAAGAAGAGAAGAUGUAUGCGCAACCGACAAAGAUCGCGUACAAAUUUACAAAAGUUAUCGUCCUGGCGAUGUAAUCUUGGCACGAGUCUUACCGAUAACCGAAGCACACACGUACAACCUGUCGACAGCCGAAAACGAAUUAGGUGUUGUCAUCGCGCAUUCCGAACACGGUUAUCCGAUGGUACCAAUUAGCUGGACGCAAAUGCAGUGCACGAAAAUGUACACGAAAGAACUGAGAAAAGUUGCAAAGGUUGUCCCCGAGAAUAUGAACACAAAAACGUAAAAUACAUUUAUUUGCGCCUA